AUGAAGUUACUUUCAGCACUCCCACUUCUUUGCAAUAUACCAUCUCUAGCAAUUGCCGAUCACCAAUCGACAAUUUUCAAAAACUAUGUUGACGUCUUCACUGGAACUGAAGGAGGAGGAAAUGUGUUCCCAGGGCUGGCUCGUCCGUUUGGGAUGGUCAAGCUUGGAGUCGACGUGAUUGACUCUUCUAGCGGUAACGCGUAUUCGGGAUAUGCUCCAGACGGGAAAAUCUCGGGGAUUUCAAUGAUGCAUGAAAGUGGGACCGGAGGUGCUCCUCAAUAUGGGGUUGUUGCUCAGUUACCUUAUACCGACGAUAUUGAUUUUGCCACAGAAUUAACUUUGGAUCGUCAAUCCGCUGAUUCGGGAAGUGUUGGUCAAUAUCAAGUCAAUUUUACUAAUGGAGUCAACGUGGAAUUGGCUGCUGCGGAUCGUAGUGGUAUUUAUCAUUAUACUUUCCCUUCCAAUGCUUCUGCUAAGAUCUUGGUUAAUGGUUCUCAUCAUUUAAGUUCUCCGCUGAGACCCUGGUGGUCUCAAUAUUCAGUAAAUGGAUCAAUUGAGGCAAAUGAUGAUUUAUCUCAAUAUAAAGGUUCUCAUACUUUGAAAGGUGGUUGGGGUGAACAAUCUGAUUGGACCAUCUAUUACUGUGGUGAUUUCGAUACCAAACCAACUUCAGUCACUAGUUAUCAAGGUACUAACGUUAAUGAAAAUAAUGGAGAAUCUUCUUCCACAAAACAAGACGAUUCCUUUGGUUUGGUUUUUCAAUUCGAUAAAUCGGAAAUAAAACUGAGAGUUGGUAUUUCUUUUAUUUCAAGUGAUCAAGCCUGUUCAAAUAUUAAGAAUGAUUUUGGUAACGAUUAUGAUACUGAUCAAACUAUCAAAGAUUCAAUUUCAAAAUGGAAUGAUGAAGUUUUCAGUAAAUUUGAAAUUAAUACUAAUAAUAAUGAUACUUUAACCGAUAUUUUUUAUUCCGCUCUUUAUGGCUCUCAUCUUUUACCUUCAAAUCGUACUGGUGAAGCUCCUUCUUGGAACUCGGAUGAAGUUUAUUAUGAUGAUUUCUUCACUCUUUGGGAUACUUUCCGUUGUCUUAAUCCUUUAUUUAAUUUAAUUAACCCAACUAGAGGAGGGGAAAUUGUUCAAGCAAUGACUAAUAUUUAUAAUCAUGAUGGUUAUACUCCAGAUGGUAGAUCAGCAAAUCAAAACGGUAGAACUCAAGGUGGUUCAAAUUCAGAUAUCGUAAUGGCUGAUGCCUAUGUUAAAAAUAUUAAUGGCAUUGAUUGGGAUAACGCUUAUAAAGCCAUGAAAAAAAAUGCUGAAGUUCAACCUCCUUAUAAAUAUGAUCAAUUUGCUCCCGAUGCUUCUAACCAAGAUGGUAGAGGUGCUUUACCAGAUUGGUUGGAUUUGGGUUAUGUUACUAGAAAGUAUACAAGAUCAGUCACUCGUACUAUGGAAUACUCAUAUGAUGAUUAUUCUUUAUCAGUUGUUGCCAAAGGUUUAGGUAAUUCAGAUGAUCAUGAAAAAUAUUUGAAAAGAUCUGCUGGUUGGCAACAUAUUUGGAAUAAAGAUGCUUCCACUAGUAAGUUUGAUUAUACUGGAUUUGUUCAGCCCAAACAAGAAAAUGGUUCUUGGGCCUAUGAUAAUUAUGAUCCUUUAAGUUGUGGUGGUUGUUAUUGGGGUGAUGAUGAAUAUGAAGGUAAACCAAUUGAGUACGGUUGGAGUGUUCCUUGGGAUAUCGAAACUUUAAAAAAUUUAAUUGGUUCAAAUGAUACUUUUGUAAAAAGAUUAGAUGAUAUGUAUGCUUUAUAUGGAUCAGAAGAUAUUGUUGAUGUUGGUAAUGAACCAAGUUUCUUGACUCCAUAUCUUUAUAAUUAUGAUAAUAAGAAUUAUAAAACUGUUAACACUAUUAGAUACAUUAUUAAUUCUAAAUUUUCUAAUGGUAAAAAAGGAUUACCUGGUAAUUCUGAUGCUGGUGCCAUGCAAGCAUGGUAUCUUUUCGGUUUAUUAGGUUUUUAUCCAGUUGCUGGUACAACUACUUAUUUAUUAUCUUCUCCUUUCCUUCCUUAUUAUGUUAUUAAUUUGGAAAAUGGUAAAAAAGUUGAAGUGACUGCAAAUAAUUUAAGUUCCGAAAAUUAUUUCAUUCAAAGUGUCAAGAUCAAUGGUGAAUCUUGGAACCAAAACUGGUUUGACCACGAUGAUUUAUUCAAAAAUGGUGGAUCCAUUGAAUAUGAAUUAGGUUCGGAUCAAAAAGUUUGGGAAUCUGGUGAUUUACCACCUUCUCCAGUAUCCUAUACCAAAUCAUAA